UCCGGCAGUUGGGCUGGGAGGAGAAAGGAGAGCGGAGAAUGGCUACCAAGAGGUUGGCGCGGCAGCUUGGAUUAAUUAGAAGAAAGUCAGUUGCAGCAACAAAUGGAAAUGUAGGAAGAAGCAAAUCCAAGCAGUUGUUUGACUAUUUAAUUGUCAUUGAUUUUGAAUCAACAUGUUGGAAUGAUGGGAAACGCCACCAGAGCCAAGAAAUAAUUGAAUUUCCAGCAGUAUUGCUGAGCACAUCAACUGGAGAGAUUGAAUCUGAGUUCCAUACUUACGUUCAGCCUCAGGAACAUCCGAUUCUUUCUGAGUUUUGCAUGGAACUGACAGGCAUAAAACAGGCUCAAGUUGAUGAAGGAGUCCCUCUGAGGAUAUGCUUAUCUCAGUUCUGUAAAUGGAUUCAGAAGAUUCAGCAACAGAAGAAAAUUAUUUUUGCUACUGGGAUUUCAGAUCUGUCUAAUUCUGAAGUAAAAUUAUGUGCAUUUGUUACUUGGUCAGACUGGGACUUGGGGGUUUGCCUGGAGUAUGAGUGUAAAAGAAAACAGCUGUUAAAACCUGUGUUCUUAAAUUCUUGGAUUGAUCUCAGAGUAACUUAUAAGAUUUUCUAUAGAAGAAAACCGAAAGGACUAAGUGGUGCCCUGCAGGAAGUGGGAAUAGAAUUCUUGGGAAGAGAACAUUCUGGGUUGGAUGAUUCUCGGAAUACUGCCCUUCUUGCUUGGAAAAUGAUCAGGGAUGGUUGCUUAAUGAAAAUUACAAGGUCCUUGAACAAGGUUCCCACUAAGAAGAAUCCCAAAAUUUUGGCCAGAAAUUUGAAUACGAAUCAAGUUGAAGAAGCAUCGGCCUGCAACAGUAGCAUUUGGGGUCUGAGCACAUAUGAUAGGGAGCCUAAAAAUACAGUAAAUUCUCAUGAAAAAGUUCAGUUGAGGUCAGCUGGUGUGAAUUCUCCUAUAAAGGGACGAGAUCAGUUCCAACUAAAGAGCAAUGUAAAAGUGGGUCUUCAUGGUGGCAAAGGCUAUUUAUCUCUUUUUAAUACAAAGCCCUCUACUUCCCUGGAGCAGUUGCAGUCUCCCAGCUUGAAUACACCUAUGCAGAAGCACAUAAAAAAUGAACACCUUGCAUUUAGUACCAAACCUAAGUCUUCAACAGUUAGUUCAGAAUUGGUACUUAUUUCAACUACCAUUUCAUCUGUUAAUCAUAUUUCUGAUAUGGAAAUGAGUUCUGCUCUUGAUUGUUUACCUAUGUUGGCUGAUUGGGAGGAUGUAGCUUUACUGCCAGCAUCUCAGCCUGAGCAAAAUAUAGAUUGUAUACCUCCCAUUAAUGACUCAAACUUAGACACUUCACUUAAUUCCAUAGAAAGAUUAAUGAUUUUAAAGGAAGGCACAGAAGAAACUCCUCAAAACUCUGAGACCUCUAAGUCUAUUGUUUAUAAGAGUCCACAUACUACUAUUUAUCAUGUAAAAGAUGCCAAAGAUCAAGGUUCAGUUGCUUCUGACUUUAAAUUACCUGAAUGCAAAUCAAGUAGCUCUAACAGUAUUAAUGCCAGUAUGUCUCAUCCUUCAGUUUUGGGGAAAUACCCCCUCCUUUUAGGUAGUACUAAAAGGAAUCCAUCCAGUCUCCCAGCUUUCCCACCAGCAAAAAAACAGUCCUUCACUAUUCAUGAAGAAAAGCCUACAUCAUCUGAUGGCUUCCCAGUGAGAAGUUGUUCCCAGAAGGUCCUCCCCUCUGUCUUAGCUUCUACAGUUAACCUAGAAGGACCUUGGAAGAGUGGGAAAAUGACACCUCCAUUAUGCAAGUGUGGCCGAAGAUCUAAGAGACUUGUUGUUUCUAAUAAUGGACCAAACCAUGGAAAAGUCUUCUUUUGUUGCCCAAACGGGAAAUACGAAGAAAAUAGAAAAUGUUGUGGUUAUUUUAAGUGGGAACAAACACUUCGAAAGGAGAGAGCCAACAGCAGCAUUCUGUCUCAUUCUCCGGGGGGACCCACUUUUAGUUCCCCAGAAAUAAGCCAUAUUUGUGACAGAAAUGUAAAUUUUUCUACUAAAAAUUCAUUGAGACUCAGACCUUCAAUGAGGAAUUGAUAAACCUUCCCUAUGA